AUGUUGAUCAAUUCACCGCACUAGGAUUUCCUCAAAACAAAGUGAUCGAAGUUCUGAAGCGUUUGAACUAUCGAGGAUCAAAUGUUCAAAAUAUCCCCGACGAUCGCGUUGUGGAGGAGCUGCUGAAGUAGGAUAGGGAACUUCGCGCCUUCAAGGAGGUACUUAAGUAUGUCGCUAACGAUCUGCCAUGCCCAAUAUGAUUCAUCCUAUCUCCGACUUGAUUAAUCGCUUUCUCGGGCCGUUCACAAUAACGGCAACCUCGCGCACCCAUUCUCUGAUGGCAUGUGUACCGGCGGACAGGUCGCCCUCGUUUUGCACCCGCACCAACCAUCCACUAGCAGGCAGCCCAGGCUCAUAUUAUCGGUUUGGGAAUCCGAUCGGCAACUUGGUUGAGUCGAGGGCUGCUCUUCCCUACGCUCGAAACUGUUGCGCACGGGAUAUACCAAUUAGCUUAUGUUUCCAACUUCUGAAACGAGUGGAUCAGCUGGCAUUCAGUCCCCAUGAUGCUGCAAGCAAUCGGGCCCAUUCCCGAGCAUUGUCCCCGGACAGAACAGCCCAGUGGCUGAUGAUGUUACUAAAAUGGUCCUUCGAAGUGUUCGACUGCGUCCCUACCACUAAUUAUACCCUGUCAAUGCAGAGAUUCCAUCAGAAUGCUAUCCGAGACAGUUGGUGAGGCGACGCCUGAUGCACACCCAACUUCAUGU